GAAAUGAAAACACAAGUUGAAGAAAGGUUCUCUGAGUUCUAUGAGAAGUGGAUAUACCAACUUGAGGAACAUGUCCAACAACUCAUAAGGGUGUCUAAAGCGAAGCUCAGUGAACCAGAGGAUUCAGAGCUACAAGCUUUGGUGUCAAGGGUUACAAGCCAUUAUAAGGAGUACUAUACUGUGAAAUGGGCUGGUGCUCAUGAAGAUGUGCUUGCUUUCUUCUGUCCAGUAUGGUUGAGUCCUUUAGAGAACGCUUAUUUAUGGGUGACGGGUUGGAAGCCAUCUAUGGCUUUUCAAGUCAUUGACUCUUUGAAAAAGUCUGUGGUGCCUUGUGCUAGUAUGGUGGACAUGUCUGAGACACAGGUGAAGAAGAUUGAGGAGCUGAGGUUGAAAAUAAGGUUGGAGGAAGUGAAAGUGGAGAGGGAAAUGGAGAGGUUGCAGGUGGCUAUGGCGGACCGGAAAAUGGUCGAGUUGGCCCGGCUGGCGAGCCGGGUCGAGAACGGUGAUGUGGUGGGUCAGGUGGAUGGGUUGGUGGAGGUGGCAUUGAAGGGAUUACUGGGUGGAUUGGAGAAGGUGAUGAAAGCUGCAGAUUGUGUGAGGCUGAAGACUUUGAAGGGUGUGUUGGAAGUGCUGAGGCCAUUGCAGUGUGUGGACUUCUUGGCUGCAAUUUGUAUGCUUCAGAUUCGGCGCAGGCAAUGGGGGAAGAUAAGAGAUAGCCAGAAAGAGAAUACAAGUGCUGAGAUCGUCUAAAGUUCUUAGUAACAAACUCAGAAUGGAAGAAUAUAUCUCUUAAGA